GAGACUGGGCGAAACUUGUUUUGAUUGCGAAAUAGUCGCGCGGAGACCGGAGACGCAGAAUUCUGCUUUAGGACUGCGUACGAGCCAUUCAGGAGUCUGCAUUUACUUUUAUUAGAAUCGACUGAGGGGCUUUUCGUCUCCUCCAAGCUGGGCCGAGGGAAACGAGAUCACUGAUCGUUUGGAAUGGAACUGGUGUGGGUGCUGCUGGCGGCGGCGGGCCUGCUGCUCACUCUCGCCUACCUCUAUCUCGCCCGAAACCUUUCCUACUGGCAACGCAUGGGGGUGCCUUGUCUGCCACCCUCGCUGCUCUUUGGCAACACUCGCAAGCGUAUAUUGUUUCGAAUCUCGUUUGCCGAAAUGCUGGAAGAGUUGUACAAAGCCUUCGACGGGCAGAAAAUCGCAGGAAUUUACGAGGGGCGGCUGCCGCGUUUGAUGAUCCGCGAUCCCGACCUGCUGCGCCAAGUAAUGGUGCGAGAUUUCGACAGUUUCGUUGACAGAGCCCUCAUAAAAAUCCACCCAGAGUCUUACGAGGAAAACAUGCUCCUCUCCCUGCGGGGCUCCCAGUGGAAGGCGGUCAGAUCAAUCUCCACGCCUAUUUUCUCUUCAGGAAAAAUCAAGGCGAUGUCCCACUUGGUAAGCAAAUGCGCUGCUCAGAUGUGUCAGUACCUGGACGAGUUCGUGAUCGGCGGAGAAAGCAACGGUGAGGUCGAGGCAAAAGAACUGUUCGGCCGCUUCACCCUGGACGUGAUCGGCGCGUGCGCAUUUGGCGUGCAAUGCGACUCCCUGCAGAACCCUGACGCAGAGUUCGUGCAAAUCAUGUCCAAGUUCAACGAAAUGUCCGUGUCAGUAAGACUGAAACUGUUCACGUCGCUGCUGAUCUUCGGCAGUCCUCGACUGGCGCGCCUCCUCAACGUGCACUUCAUGAACCAGGACACCGUCCGGUACGUUGCCUCGCUCGUGUUCAACGCCAAGAAAGAACGAGACGCGCAGCAUGGCAACACCAGGGUCGAUUUCUUGAAGCUCAUGUUUGACGCUCAGGCAGGCAAUCUCAGGUCGGCGGGCGAGCAGGCAAAGGACCUCUUUGAGAAGGAUGCGCAGCUGAAGGAGGAGGACAACAAGUCCACCAAAAAGGACCCAGAAAAUACUGUUUUAACCGACCAGAUCGUGGUUGGCCAAUGUCUGCUCUUCAUGCUGGCUGGCUUUGACACGUCCAGCACCCUUCUGUCAUUCGCUGCGUACGAACUAGCCCUGAAUCCGGACAUCCAGGACAAAGCCAGGGCAGAGGUUCUAGAGACCUUGGAAAAAUACGGAGGGGAGCUGACCUACGAGACCCUGAACGACAUGCCCUACCUUGAAAACGUAUUGCUAGAGACCCUGAGGAAACACCCUCCCGUGUCAAGGGUGGAGCGCCUGUGCACGGCUUUGAGUUACAAAGUUCCAGGCACCUCAGCAGUGUUAAAGAAGAAUGACGUCAUCAUGAUUCCAAUCAGGGGUCUCCAUCUCGACCCCAAGUACUACCCUGACCCUCUGCGCUUCGACCCUGACCGCUUCCUGCCUGAGGAGAGGGCGAAAAGGUCGCCGUACGUGUUCCUGCCGUUUGGAAGCGGACCCAGGAACUGCAUUGGGAUGCGAUUCGCCAUGAUGAGCACCAGGCUGGCGAUGGCUAACCUUCUCAAAGGUUACAGAUUUGAGACGUGCGCCAGGACUCAGCACCCUUACAAUAUCGCAAAAGGAGGAAUUCUGCUCAAAGCCAAAGAUGGUGUUUGGAUCAAAGUUUCCAAAAUCUGACUUCAAUCCAUUUAAGAAUGAUAUAUUUUAGCCUAUCUUAGAUUUUAGCAUUUUUUGUUGCGAUAGAUGGCCGUGUGAUAAAAAUACAGCUAUUAUUUUUUUUAUAA